CUUCAGCUAAAUAAGUCUACUGGCAUAUAAACUGAAAUUGAAACUGCUUGUUUUGGGUUGGUACUUCUUUUUCUUUUAUUCUAAUUGAAAAUGAUAUUUUAAUCUCAUCAAGGAGAACUCUUAUUUUAUAUAUUUAUCUCAUGUGCAUCAGGUUUAUAUUGUGCUGAUUAGCAGGAAAUAUGAUUUGCGUCAAAUGAAAGUAACUCUCUGUAUUCUGCUGUCUUUUCAUCUCAUAAUUAUUAUUGCCGUUCCUUGAUCAUAGUGAUUAGUAAAGAACUGAUAGUUAUGGUUGAGCCUAUAUUUGAUUAUCAAUUUCGUAUAAUAGUAGUAGGAGAUAGCACUGUAGGUAAAAGUGCAUUGCUUCGCGCUUUUACAGAAGGAAAAUUUCCUGAAGUUUGCGAUCCUACGGUAGGAGUGGAUUUCUUUGCUCGACUCAUAGAAGUUAAAGAAGGUGUGAGGGUGAAACUUCAAUUGUGGGAUACAGCUGGGCAAGAAAGAUACAGGUAUUUAUGGACUAUUACAUGGUCUUAUUACAGAAAUGCAGUAGGUGCUUUGCUACUAUAUGAUGUUACACGCCGUUCCAGCUUUGAACAUUUAGUAGAAUGGCUUUUUGAAGCUAGGCGCCAUAUUGAACCUGGUCGAGCUAUGUUUGAGGUUGUUGCUUGCAAAAUCGACUUAGAGAGUAGUAGAGUUGUUACAACAGAGGAAGGAAAAGCAUUUGCUGAUUCUUAUGGACUAUCUUUUAUUGAGACUUCAGCAAAAACUGGAUAUAAUUUAGAAAAAGCUUUUGCAACUAUUUCCCAGCAAAUUUAUGAAAAAAUUCAGACUGGUGAAUUCAAAAUGCUUGAUGGUUGGGAUGGAAUAAGAACAGGAUUCAAUAGGUCUAAAGAUUCAUUACGGUUGAUGGAAGCUGAAGUAGAAAGAGAUCGCUGUUGCUAGCUUUAAACAAAAAUCUUCAAAAAUAAAUUAAUUAAUAACAAAUACUCAUUUAGCAUUUAAAAAAUAAACAAAAGUUUAUUAAGAGG